UAGCUCUCAGAUUCUCACAUUGAUCCCUUACUCUGCAGAUUUAAGGUAUUAAUUUUCACCCUCCAUUUUUCUUUUUGGUUUUGAACCCUUCUCUAAUUCGGGUUCCUAAAAAAAGCAUUUUGGAGAUGAUUCAACUACUUUCCAUGGUGAUAUUAUCGGAGAUGGCGGUGAUCACGGUAUUGUCAUUCAAGACCCCGUUUAGGAAGUUGGUGAUAAUGGGUCUGGAUCUGGUCAAGCGGGGACGUGGCCCGGUGGUGGUUAAGACGGUGGCAGGAACGGUGUUCGUUGUGAUGAUGUCGAGUCUAUACAGCAUCCAGAAGCGUUGGGCCGAUGAUGGAGUGACUAAUCCAACGGACCAGAUUCUCAUGGUUACGAGCCUCCUCGAAGCUACUCUCAUGGGGGGCACACUUUUCCUUGCACUAAUGAUAGAUAGAUUACACCAUUAUAUCAAAGAACUCCGGAUAAGGAGGAAGAGCAUGGAUGCUCUCAGGAAACAAGUUGAUUUGGACAAAGUUAAAGCCUUGGAGGAGGAAGUAACCACUCUGCGUGGAGAACUUAAGCAGGCAGAGUCCGAUAUCGAGACAAAGACUAAACAGAUCAGUGCUGCAAAAGUUAAUUCAGUUGCUUUGAGGAAACAAUCUGAAGGUUUGCUUCUCGAGUACGAUCGAUUGCUCGAGGAGAAUGAAAGCCUCCGGAGCCAGUUGAAAUCUUUGGACCAGAAAUUGUCGCGUUUAGAUAGUAAAAAGAAUAUGUAAGGAGCUCAGCAUCUCUUGCUAAUUGUGCUUUCGAUUCCAUUAUCGAUUUUCAGUAUAGUUUCGGGAGUUCUCUGAUGGAAUUGUUGGUUGCUGUUUACUU